AUGGCGGCCUCCGAGGGAGGUCCYCAGGGACCGAGAGCGCCUUCUCUCCAGAGAGCCUUCAACAGUUUACGAACUGGAUCCCCGUCGGUGAUGCUGCACUCAGAAAAAGGGCGCUAUCCUUGUUGGUCUUCUUUCCCCAUGGGGCAGAAACAGAAAAGCACUUUCAGCAAAGACUCCUCCUACCUUCUCCAGCAGCUCAUUCACCGCUACCAGGAGUCGGAGGCGGAAGGAGAAGACUACCAGGGCGAGCCCGAGGGAGAAGGGGAAUCCGAGGAGUCCUCCGAGUCCGAAAUGCUGAAUUUGGAGGAGGAAUUUGAUGGGGUCCUGAGAGAGGAGGCUGUGGCCAAGGCCCUCCAUGAAUUGGGGCGCUCAGGCCCGGGGACCGAGCAGGUCUAUCUCAACCUGACUUUAUCAGGCUGUGAUUUAAUCGACGUUAGUAUUCUAUGUGGCUACGUCCACCUACAGAAGUUGGAUCUUUCAGCAAAUAAAAUUGGAGAUUUGUCUUGUGUGAGUUGCAUGCCUUAUCUUCUAGAACUUAAUGCUUCUCAAAAUAAACUGACUUCAUUCUUCAAUUUCAAGCCACCCAAAAAUCUCAAGAUGGUGGAUUUUUCCAGCAAUCAAAUCUCUGAAAUGUGUAAUUUGUCGGCAUACCAUGCUCUCACUAAACUGAUUUUGGAUAACAAUGAGAUAGAGGAAAUUAGAGGACUAGAUAUGUGCAGUAGCCUCACCCACCUUAGUUUGUCCAACAACAGGAUCAUGACAAUUAGUGGCUUAAACUCAUUACCCAUCAAAAUACUUUGUCUGAGCAAUAACUGCAUUGAGACCAUCACGGGUUUAGAGAAUCUGAAAGCCCUGCAGAACCUAGAUCUGUCCCAUAAUCAGAUAUGCAGCCUCCAAGGCCUAGAGAAUCACGACCUCCUGGAAGUGAUCAACCUGGAGGAUAAUAAGAUUGCUGAGCUGAAUGAAAUAGAAUACAUUGAAAAUCUUCCUAUUCUCCGAAUUCUCAAUCUUCUAAGAAAUCCAAUUCAGGAAAACCCCGAUUACUGGUUAUUUGUAAUAUUUAUGCUACUGCGACUCACAGAAUUAGAUCAGAAGAAGAUUAAAGUAGAAGAAAAGGUUUCAGCAGUGAAUAAAUAUGACCCUCCCCCUGAAGUGGUCGCAGCCCAAGAUCACCUGACUCACAUUGUCAACAGCGUCCUGCAGCCACAGAGGAUCUUUGACAGCACUCUUCCCAGUCUGGACGCACCUUAUCCCAUGUUGAUACUUGCUGGUCCUCAAGCUUGCGGGAAACGAGAACUUGCUCACCGCCUCUGCAGACAGUUUAGUACUUACUUCAGAUACGGGGCCUGCCACACAACAAGACCACCUUACUUUGGAGAAGGGGAUCGAGUUGACUAUCAUUUUAUUUCUCAAGAAGUUUUUGAUGAAAUGCUGAACAUGGGGAAAUUCAUUCUAACAUUUAAUUAUGGUAAUCACAAUUAUGGAUUAAAUAGGGACACCGUAGAAGGUAUCGCAAGAGAUGGAUUAGCAAGCUGUAUUCAUAUGGAAAUAGAAGGUGUAAGAAGUUUGAAAUACUCCUAUUUUGAGCCUCGCUAUAUCUUGGUGGUGCCCAUGAACAAGGAAAAAUAUGAGGGACAUUUGCGAAGAAAAGGAUUAUUCAGUCGUGCAGAAAUUGAAUUUGCUGUCUCCAGAGUGGACCUUUAUAUUAAAAUUAAUCAGAAAUUUCCAGGGUAUUUUGAUGCAGUAAUCAAUGCAGAUGAUCUGGAAGUUGCCUACCAAAGGCUGAGUGAGCUCAUUAGAGAAUACCUGGGAUUGACUGAGGAACCUGCCACGAGCUUGGCUCCGACUGCAGAUGUUCAGACAUCCCACCUGGAAUCUGAAGACGCUCCUAGGAAGUCUACUGCUUCGAAUAUAUAUGAUUUCCGGGAUCCCACAGACAGAAACUACUUUGCUAAAUUAUGGGCCAAACUUUCAGCCAGAAAAACACCAGUGGAAAGAGAUUCUGUGCACAGACAGCACGAGGCAGCCCGGCAGGCACUCAUGGGAAAGACGCCUCCUGGUCAUACACUCCUAUUUCAAAGGGGUUCGGUACCAGCACCUGUGAUCAAUGGUCUACAAUAUUUCAAUGGCCUACAAUAUUUUACAGCUUUAGAGGACCUACAUAAAAGUUUUGAGCUUUCUGAAGAUUAUUUUAAAUUUCCUUUUGGACCAUAUGCUGAAAAGAGUGGCAAGAAUACUUACUCCAAGAAGUAUUCUGCACUUCACUCUUAUCUGUGGUCAAAAGAAUGGUCUUUUCAGCCCCCAGAGGGCAGUAUUUCCUCACGCCCAGGAUCAGGAGCAAGUGACGGUGAAAUGGAUCAGGCCUUAAAAGCACUGCAUAAACAGUCAUCUUCAUCUGAUAAAAGGACUUUCCAACCCAAAAGACACUCUGGUGCAGUUACAGUCCGCCCAGGUUCCAACACYAAACCUGUCCUCCCUCCAAUUCCUCAGGGCUACAAAUAG